AAAGAAAAGUGAAAUCAGUCAGUAUGCAUUGUGAAUUUUCCAAUAAAGAUAAUUAAAUAUUUAUUUGGAAACAUUUUUCCUUAUUUUUUAAAAAUAAAAAAAGGAAGAAAUAUUUUAGCAAUUAUGUUCUAGUCAAAUUCAAAUUAAUUCUCCUCAAUUAUCCUUUGGUUUUGUGGUAUCUUUUGUAGAAUUGGAAAUCAAAUCAAAGAGAGUGAAGAAAGUUUCUAUUUCAGCAUAUUACAUAGAAUGUGUAUAUGAGAAAUGCACUGAAGAUGGAAACCAUAAGGCAGGAAUUACUAUCCAAAUAGUUUUUAGUGUGCAAUUUCGGACGAGAUUCAAGCAACAUUUUGAGUUGCUGCAAACUAAACGCGUAAUAGUGAUUAUUUUAAAUUGGUAUUUAUUGCAUUGCUGUUUAUGGAAUGGCAAAUGAUAUUAACCAAACAGGUGACUAUGGGACGAAUAUACGAUAUGAGCCACGGAUGUACGACAUAGAAGUUAUAUUGAGUAUGAUAGACAUAUCGGCAGAUCGUCUAGAAGACUUAAGAACACAAUGCGCUACCAGUGCCGAGCUAACCCAGCAAGAGAUUCGUACACUGGAAACUAAACUCGUGAAAAUGUUCUCCGAAUUGUUGAUUACCAAGGCUAAACUGCCAAAAGCAAUCACAUCAACUGGUUCAGAACUUAAACAAUGGUUACGCGUUGUAGGCCUUAGUCAAGAAUCACUCGAUGUUGUAUUGCAAAGAGUGAAUACGUUGGAAAUAUUACUAGAUAAAAAUGAUUGUGAACUUCGCGGAAUGUUGAAUUAUAAUUUGAAUAUUAGAGAAGAGGAGGUGCGUCGUUUUUUACGAGCAAUUUUCAACUUGAAGCGUUGCCGCGAAGCAAUUACAGUCGGUACAAAUGAACCAAUUGAAUUAUUUUGGGAUUCAUGGGAUCGACAUCAGAGUACAGCAAGUGCAUCUCCACGUUCAUCUCGUUUAACAUCUCGUUACCAACAACAUCAACAAUAUAACCGUAUGGUUAAUUCAAUCGCCGAAAAUCACGUUCAAACAGUAGAUAUCACAAUACGUGAUAAAGACACAACUGUCGAAAGGCAAAAUCAUUUAAUUUCACCCGAAGAUACCAGUGCCAGCACAUUAACACCAUCCCCAUCACCACCAAAUUCACCGAGCUAUGCACUAAUUGCCGCAAAAAUUAUCAAACGAAAUGGCACUCCACCAACGAGAAAAAGGAAUCAAGCCAUAGUAGUAACAAUGAAUCAAUCGAUGCAACCUAAUAACUCGUAUCAUCAAUAUUCGUAUCAGCAGCAAUUUACCCCUCCCACGACCAGCCCACAAUCACAUGUUUUGAAUAACAUUGAUCAAAAUUCACUUCCGAAAUCCCGUUCACAAGAAUCAAAAUGGAUGGAUGGUGGCAGUGUACAAGAUGUAAAUCGAAGCAGUAUUUCGAGCACAAAUAGUGUUUCAGUUAACUCAACAAAUCCAUCAAAUGCGAUUCAUAAACUCGAUAACUUCAAUUACUCGGUAUCCAUUAAUAAUACAACUGCGAAUUUACCAACGCCUAGGCGUGACAGACUACACACCGAACCAAACCCCGAGCAUUUCAAUGACAUAGCCGAUAACAGUUUGACGGUGCCUCGAUCACCAUGUACGCCUAUCAUAAUUCGUGGUAUGGCUCACAUGAUUGCUCAUCGUUUUACAAAGAAAUUGAAUAUGAUGCAUAAUUGUUAUUUGUGCAAUAAGACAAUGUUCAUCGGACUGAAAUGUAAAGAGUGUAAAUAUCGAUGUCAUAAAGAAUGUGAACCAUAUGUACCUCCAAGCUGUGGUUUGCCCCCAGCAUUUAUUGAUGAAUUUAAGAAAACCUUACCAUCAGACGUAUUUUUGCCAAACACAUCACCGAACAUGGUAAAAUCAGGUGGUUUUCUUUCAUCAGCCCGAAGAGAUCGACAUCGGUCGCAGGCAUUUACAAAUCAAUAUAUUGGUGCACCAGAUAGUAGUUCGGCUGGUUCGAGUUGUUCUUCGCCAUCAAGUCCAGCUUUACUAAUGGUUCCACCUCAUACUCCGGCUGCUUCGAAACAAACACAGUUUCAUUUUCCCGAUCUUGGUUGUGAUAUUGUAAAACAUCGCCUUACUGAUCAAAUUGAUAUGGCCAAAGAACAACAAAAACGUGUCGCUAUCGAUCGUACAUUUUCAACUGGUUUGACCGAUACAACGCGUAGUAACGGAAGUGACAAAACAGAUAAAACAAUAUCAUUGUCCGGUUCAAUAAGUGCUAGCACAGACUCCGUACGCUCUGACUCGACAGAAGAACGUGGUAAUGGGCAUUGGCCACGUCAAAAUAGUUUAUCACUCAAAGAAUGGGAUAUACCAUGGGAAGAUUUAAAACUUCUCGAAGAAAUUGGAUCUGGCCGUUUUGGUACAGUCCACCGUGGCCUCUGGCAUGGCGAUGUAGCUGUUAAAUUAUUUAAUGAAGGAUACUUAGAUGAUGAGCAUGCAUUAGAAGCAUUUAAACUCGAAAUUGCAACAUUUAAGAAGACUCGACACGAGAAUUUAGUACUUUUUAUGGGUUUUUGUAUGAAGCCACAAGCAAUGGUUACCUCUUUAUGCAAAGGAAAUACAUUAUUCACGCACAUCCAUUCUAGACGUGAUAAAUUUAAUUUGUAUCGCGCCAUUUUGGUUGCACAGCAAAUUUCGCAGGGCAUGGGUUAUUUACACGCGAAAGAAAUUAUUCACAAAGACUUGAAAACAAAAAAUAUUUUUUUGGAAAAUGGCAAAGUCGUCAUCACCGAUUUUGGUUUAUUUAGUACAACGAAACUGCGAUAUGCACCGGCCGGUCUAUUCAUUGAAGAAAAUAUGCUAUGCUAUUUAGCACCCGAGCUAAUAACCCAAUUACGUGCUGUUCGACCAACUAAGGAAAAUUUGCCAUUUUCCAAAGCAAGUGAUAUAUUCGCAUUUGGCACAAUUUGGUACGAACUACUUUGCGGUGAAUUUCCAUUCAAAGGCCAAGCCGCAGAGAGCACAAUCUAUCAAAUUGGUCGUGGAAUGAAAUAUACAUUGGCCAAUGUUCAAGUCUCACGUGAUGUCAAAGAUAUUUUAAUGCUUUGUUCGGCAUAUUGUUCAGCUGAUCGUCCUGACUUUGCAAAAUUGUUAACACUUUUAGAGCGUCUACCAAAAAAGAGACUAGCUAGAAGUCCAUCACAUCCGGUGCAACUAUCACGUUCAGCUGAAUCAGUAUUUUAAACCAUAGGAAAUUAAAAUGACAACAGAAAGCAUUUCAACAUCGAAACCCGACUGUAUAUAUAUAUUUAUUUUAUUGAAUUUAACGCCAAUUCACACAACCUACUAAAUGUCACUUUGAAACACUGAAACCAUUGUGAAAAAAUGUAUAAAAUCUAAAUUAUAAACAAUAGCAAAGUCAUUGCACAGUGUUACACGGACAAAGUAUCCAAUUGAUUAUUAUUAUUUCACAUCGUAUGUGAGUGUCUAUUUGUGAAUUUGUAAUGUAUAUGUUUAAUAAAUUGCAGUGAAAUAAUGAACUUUAAGGAAAAACUUCAACACAUAUAACUAAAAUUAAUUUUGUGAUUUACCUAUGUCUAAAUUAUUCACUAUUUAUUUUAA